AUGUACACGGUCAUGCAAACCCAUCGCGACAACAACUACCGCAAUCUUGAGGAGAACAAGAUUUUGCGCCGGGAUUACGUCGUCGAGCUAAUUGCUCAGAAGGCCGCAGGUAAGAAGAUCUUCUACGUUGACGAAACUAAAUUCAAUUUGUGGUGUGCUCGCCGCCGGUCAUAUAUCCACUACAUCCGUCGCCUGCUCAACCACAUCGGUGCUUCAACGCCGCUAGAGAACGUUGUUUUGGUGUGCGACAAUGCACCAUGCCACGCGAACAUCGAGGAUGUAUUCAAGGAUACCACGUUUUCGGCGGCGACGCUGCUGCGCCUAGGUCCGUACUCGCCAAUGCUGAACCCCAUCGAGAACUGCUUCUCAGCGUUCAAAGCCAUGGUGAAGCGGUUCCUCGCUCGCCAUCGUCAAGCUAUUCUACGCGUCCCACCGCACCUCACCAUCAAGGCGCACCGUGAAAGCUACCUAAAGCUGGCUGCAGACCUCCUCGUACUCGAAGCUAUCACCCCAGAACUUUGCUACAAGUGCUCGUUGCACACCAUGAAGUUCCAUGCGCGUGCGAUCCAGAUGAAAGAUAUGCCUGUAGGAGAAUAA